AAAGUGUUGCCCGUCAUGUCGCUCGAGGAGAGAUUGACCAAGAUUCGGGAAAACCCGAAGCUGCAGGGCAUGCAGCAGACGCAUGUGGUGCUCUCAGCCCUCGAAGAUACGCUGCGCCUGCAAAAGUCCGAGUUCACCCCAACAGCCUACUUUGCCGCGUUAUUGGCGCUCCUCGGCCGCCAGAUCACUGCCCAGGGCAUUGUGAACAAGGACACUGCGACGGCCGUCAUCUACCUCCUCGACCUCAUCACGCCCAAUGUCCCCGCCCCGCUGCUGCGCUCCAAGUUUAGCGAGAUCCUCACGAGCAUUGCGCCCGCCCUCACGCACGAAGACGCCGAUGCGCCGCUACUACGAUCGUCGAUAGGAUGUCUGGAGUCGCUGCUGGUGGUGCAGGAUGCGCGGGCUUGGGAGCUGCCGGCCGCGCAGGUCAGCCCACGCAGGGCUGUUGCGGGUCUGCUGCAGAUCGCCGUGGACCACAGGCCGAAAGUCAGGAAGCGCGCACAGGAUGCACUGGCGAAGGUGCUGGCGAACCCGCCCCCGAGCCCCUCGCUCGAUCACCCUGCGGCAGACAUGUGCGCUGAGACUGGGCUGAAGAUGCUGAGCGACAUCGCCGAACUCGCGGCAAAGUCGAAGAAACACAAGGGCAGCAAGGACGCUCAGAGCAAGGACCCGGACCUCAUACACUCACUGCAGCUCAUCAAGACGAUUGCGACAUCGUCUGGCGGCUGGCCGAGCAGGAAGAUCGACGUAUUGUGCGAGCUCUUGUUGAACAUCUCCAAGUCGAGCAACGAAUUUUUGACCAUGGCCGCAUUCGACAUCUUUGAGGUCAUCUUCGCGGGCAUGGCCGACGAGCUUGCGUCUGCGAAGCUUCCCCGUCUUCUCGAAGUCAUUUCUGAACUACAGCCCUCGAAGAACGACUCGCAGCUGCUGCCACCGUGGAUAGCAGUUUUAUCGCGAGGCUACGAAGUCUCCGCCCAGAUUGAACCUGAAGACACGUUCGCGAAGCUGCCCGAGCUGUUCACCAGCAUCUCCGAGUUCCUCACUUCCUCGUCGCACAACAUCCGCAUAUCCGCUUCCGAGGGCUUGAUCUCGUUCCUCGCCAACAUGAUCCCCGAGAGCGUUAUUCUUGAGCCGUCAGUAUGGGACGAGAAGAUCUUGGAGAAGAUUGCAAAGGCUGCACAGAACCUGCUGAGCGUCAAGUUCCAGGCUGCCUGGAUGGAGGUCUUUAACGUGAUAUCUGCCAUGUUCGAGACGCUUCGAUGGCGUUCAGAUCCCAUUCUCAGAUCGGCUCUGAAGACCGUUGGCGAGUUGAGAGGCAACGAGAGUUUCGCUGGCAAGAAAGAGGCUGACGCUGUCAUCUCGAGCGCUAUCGCUGCCAUGGGUCCGGAUGUCGUUCUUGAGAUCCUGCCAUUAAACCUUCCGCGACCACCGCCGGGACAAACAGGUAGGGUAUGGAUGCUACCCCUUCUUCGCGAUUCGGUUCACAACACCAAGUUGGCACACUUCCGGACUGAAAUGGUGCCGCUAAGCGAGCAGCUCUAUCAACGAGUCAUCGAUCAUGGCACACGAGAGAAGACGAUGGAGAUCAAGGUCUUCGAGACAGUCGUACAGCAGAUCUGGUCGAUACUGCCCGGAUACUGCGACUUGCCAUUGGACCUGGUCGAGGCUUUUGAUCAGACCUUCUGUGAAAUGUUGGCAAAUUUGCUCUACGGACAGGCUGAUCUGAGGACGGAUAUCUGCAGAGGGCUGCAAAACUUGGUUGACAGCAACAAAGUGAUUGUGGAACUAGAUGGCAUAGAGGAUCUUGUAGCCCAAGCACGGAUCUCCAAAGCUGAUGCUAAGAAGAACCUUGAGCAUUUGGGAGGGUUUGCGAGCAACAUGCUUGCUGUGCUCUUCAAUGUGUACAGCCAGACCUUGCCCCAGUAUCGAGGUACUAUCCUGAGGACGAUCAACGCGUACCUCAGUAUCACUCCUGAGAAGGAGCUCAUGGAGACUUUUGAACGCGUUGCAACAAGCCUCGAGGUUUCAGUCCCAGAAACUGGAUUCCAAACACAAGCAGACAAGCAAAAGCAAGCCACCGGUCAGAACAAGAUGCCGCCAAUGAGCCACACUCUUAUGGACUUGAUCAUCACCAUUUCUCUCUACCUCCCGCGAGACAGCUACGGCUCGCUCUUCCGCAUGGCUGAAAUCAUGAUCAACAAGGACAACGACCCGCAGCUGCAGAAGAAGGCGUACAAGCUCAUUCCUCGUCUCGCAGAGUCUGAAAUGGGUAGACAUGCGCUGAAGGAACGUAAUGCCGAGCUUCAACAGCUCUUGCUCAACAGUGCAGAGAAGGCAUCGGCGCCUGCGCGAAGGGAUCGUUUACUCGCGAUCCUGCAAGUCAUCGAGUCUCUGCCCCAGACUGAUCUCCAUUUCAUUCCAGCGAUCCUUUCUGAGGUCGUCAUAUCUGCGAAAGAGACCAACGAAAAGGCACGAGAGGCGGCAUACAACCUGCUUGUCGCGAUGGGCGAAAAGAUGGCUGAGGGAGGCCAGGUUGUGCAGACCAAGGUACCCAACAUGCCUGCUGACGCGCCAACUGUAGAAGCGUCGCUUGAAGAGUACUUCACCAUGGUGUCAGCCGGUCUGGCAGCUUCUACUCCCCACAUGAUUUCGGCAUCCAUCACUGCGGUAACGCGAAUAUUGUACCAGUUCUACACACGGAUAUCGAACGACACGAUUACAAACCUGCUCGAGCUCAUGGAUAUGUUCCUCCAGAACCCGAACCGCGAGAUUGUGCAGAGUGUGCUAGGCUUUGUCAAGGUCGAAGUCAUCUCCCUUCCAGAAUCUCUUGUCCGUCCACGCCUGAAGACGCUGCUUACGAACCUGAUGGUGUGGAGUCACGAGCACAAAGCGCAUUUCAAAGCCAAGGUGAAGCACAUUGUCGAGCGCAUGGUACGAAAAUUCGGCGCCGAGGAAGUCGAACGUGCUUGUCCCGCCGAAGACCGCAAGCUCAUCGUCAACAUCCGCAAGACGCGCGAGCAGCGUAAAAAGAGAAAGCAGGCAGCCGAGGAAGAAGGCGAGGCACCAGCAGAAAAGCCAAAGGGCAAGUUCGAAAGCGAAUACGAUCAAGCCGUGUACGGCAGCGAGAGCGAAGACAGCGCAGCCGAUUCCGAAGACGAGUUCGUCAAGUCACAGAGCAAGCAACAGCAAGGCAAGAAGGGCGGCCAAACCUACAUUGUCGAAGACGAGGACGAGCCGCUCGACCUGCUGUCCAAACGCGCCCUCGGCAAUAUCUCCUCGACUAAACCGCUCCGCCAACGCAAAGCACCCCAGAGAAUGAAGGCGCAGACAAACGAAGACGGGAAACUCAUCCUCGGCGCAUCCGAUGACGAAGACGCGCCCAAGUCCAAGUCUAAGAAGAACGCCGACGAGGAUGUCCUCAUGGAUAUUGACGAACAGACUACAUCCCUCGAAGCCGGUAUCAACGCUUACGUCGACGCGAUCCGCGGUCGUGACGCAGCGCAACGCGGGCAAAAGGGUAAGCUGAAGUUCAGCAACAAGAAGCGGGACGAUGAUGAGAUGGAUGUUGACGACGGCGACGAGGCGGAGGCCAGGAAGGCGAAGUCUGGCAGCGGGAUGGGGAGGGGCAGUAGCCAGCGGAAGGGACUGGGCGUUGAAAAACAGAGGGGUGCGAGCGGAGGAGGCAGAGUGGAGAAGAGUUGGGGUUCGAGAGGGCGGGGAGGAGGAGGAGGAGGUAGAGGCGGAGGAAUGAGGGGUGGUGGUGGUGGUGGUGGACGAGGUGGAGGACGGGACUUCCCAGUCACCAGCCCCAUCCGCUUGACCUGCAUUUUGAAGAAGCAAACACACCCAUCAUCAUCAGCAGCAGCAGCAGCAGCAGCAGUAGUAAUCUCACCAUUCCAGACCGUUGGACAUUGCGAACAUGAAAGCGUCUUCGGUAGUGGCCGGUCUCUCGUCCAAUCGAAAUACCAGGAACCAAGUUGCAGCGAAAUCAUGCAACAGCUUAACAACUACAACCAAGUUUAGUGUAAAAAUCUUGUGCCUAAAUUUUAAGCUGUAUACGCCUUGCGUGCAG